AUGGAGCGCCGCGUCGCCCGAGAGUUCCGGCACAAGGUCAAUCUAUUAAUUGACAAUGAAGCGGAGAAGGAUUACCUUUAUGAUGUGCUGCGGAUGUACCACCAGUCUAUGAAUCUCCCAGUGUUGGUAGGGGACCUAAAACUGGUGAUUAAUGAACCAAGCAGGUUGCCUCUGUUCGAUGCCAUCCGCCCACUCAUCCCAUUAAAACACCAGGUGGAAUACGAUCAGCUUACACCCAAACGAUCACGAAAGCUGAAAGAGGUGAGAUUGGAUCGAUUGAAUCCUGAGGGGCUCGGAUUAAGUGUAAGAGGUGGAGUGGAAUUCAGCUGUGGCCUCUUCAUCUCCCAGCUGGUUAAAGGAGGACAGGCAGACAAUGCUGGACUUCAGGUUGGGGAUGAGAUAGUGCGCAUAAAUGGAUAUUCCAUUUCCUCAUGCACACAUGAAGAGGUCAUCAACCUCAUCCGUACAAAGAAAAUCGUGUCCAUAAAAGUUAGACAUAUUGGCAUGAUACCUGUCAAAAGUUCACCAGACGAACCCCUUAAAUGGCAAUAUGUGGAUCAGUUUGUGUCAGAGUCUGGGGGCAGUAUUGCUGGACUUGCUUCUUCUGGAGGGAGAGACAGUAAAGAGAAGAAAGUCUUCAUUAGCUUGAUUGGUACAAAAGGCAUGGGAUGCAGUAUUUCCAGUGGUCCAACACAAAAACCAGGCAUUUUUAUCAGCAAUGUUAAGCCAGAUUCUCUUUCAGCAGAGGUGGGCUUAGAGGUUGGUGAUCAGAUUGUUGAGGUGAAUGGAGUGGACUUUUCUAAUGUGGAUCACAAAGAGGCUGUCAGAGUGCUCAAGAGCAGCCGUACUUUGACUAUCUCUGUGGUAGCAGGCGCUGGCAAGGAGCUGUUCAUGACUGAAGAAGAAAGGCAAAGAGAAGCACGUCUCCGUGAGCUGGAGCGCCAGGAGUUAAUGCAUCAGAAGCGAAUUGCGCUGGAGACCAACAAAAUCAUCAAAGAGCAGCAAGAGAAAGAGAGAUUAAGAAAGCUGGAGAUUUCCCAGAAGGCUGCAGAGGAAGAGGAGAGAUAUCGCAGAGAAAUAGAGCAGAUAACAGCAGAGGAAGAGAAAUUUAAAAAGGAGUGGGAAGAAGACUGGGGUCCGAAAGAACCACCCAAGUCUCUAAAAACUGUAACUGCAGAAGUGCACUCUGCCCCUCGUUCCAAACACAAAACUUUUGGAUGGUUUUAUCGGUAUGAAGGGAAAUUCCCCACAAUCCGUAAGAAAGGGAAAGAACGAAAGAAGUCAAAAAGUGAUAGUUUUUGUGAACAGAAGAAGAACAAAAAGGAAAUGGAGUUUGAGCAAAAACUUGCCAAAGAGAAAGAAGGAAUGCUGGAGAAAGAAAAACAAUUGAAAAUAAAUCGUCUUGUGCAAGAGGUAUCUGAGACAGAACGAGAAGAUCUGGAAGAAUCAGAAAAGGUUCAGCACUGGGUGGAAAGACUUUGUCAAACACGGUUAGAACAGAUCUCCUCUGUGGAGAAUGAGUCUCCUGAGCUGGCGAGCGGCCGUCCCUCUGCCUCUCCCCCUGCCACCUCGAUGCGGCGCUUUGCCGGGGGCCUGCAGCUGCACACCACAGACCUCGAUGACAUCAACUUAGAUGAAGUUGACAAACCCAAACAGCGUGCGCCGCCGCCACCUCCGCCACCACCACCCCCCACUGUCACCCCAGCACUGCCAGCUCAUCCACCUCCUGCCUCAAAUGCUCCACGAGGUCCAGCCCUGUUGGUUGUAAGAAACACCUCCCACGUUGGCCAAGUGUCCCCUGUGUCAAGCAACCCGCUGCAACUUGCUCCAAGUCCACCUACCCAGCGUCAUCCAGGGGUGCCAAUAGUCUCUAAACCAGUUAUGCUGCAUCCUGACCCAAACUUCGUGGUCAGGCCAACAAUCAAAUCAGAGGCCCUGCCACAAGAGAUGUUUAAAAGGAUGGUGGUUUACAAUUCAUCAUUUAGAUCUAACAAAAAACAAGGCUUCCAGAAGUACGUAGAAGAUUUUGAUCCAUAUUCAAUGUUUACCCCAGACCAGAUUAUAGGAAAAGACGUACGGCUAUUACGAAUAAAAAAGGAGGGAUCACUGGACCUUGCAGUUGAGGGCGGAAUUGAUUCUCCAAUUGGAAAGAUAGUUGUGUCUGCCAUCUACGAGGACGGUGCAGCAGACAAACAUGGAGGCAUAGUGAAAGGGGAUGAAAUACUGGCUGUAAAUGGCAAGAUAUUAAUUGACAGCAAGCUGGCAGAAGCACAGGCAACUCUAGCAAAAGCUUGGAACAUGGGUGGGGAUUGGAUUGACUUAGUCAUUGCAGCAUCACCUCCAAAAGAAUAUGAUGAUGAAAUCCCUACCAUUCCCUCAUCAGCAGUCAGUCCCAGCACACACAGAAAGGUUUUUGAAGGCAGUGCACCUGUGUACAGACAAGGGUAUCUCCUGCAGCUGUAG